AAUAUUAGUUUUAUAGUUAUGAAUAGAUAUGUAAUAGGUUACUAUCAACAAGACGGUUUGGCCGAGUGGUCUAAGGCGCCAGAUUUAGGCUCUGGUCCGAAAGGGCGUGGGUUCAAAUCCCACAGCCGUCAAAAUUUUUUGUUAUUUCACUAAACUGAACCCUCUAGCUUACGCAGCAGGUUUACCUUUUCACCAGUAUAUAAACCCUUACUUUUGAACAUUUCUUCACUUCUCCAGUCUCUUCCGCCAAACUCCAUCUCCCUCGGAUCUAUUCUCAUUUUCCUUUCUCGAAUCCAAUCAAAGAGAUCAAAAAUGGCAGACCACACAACUCUCCCACAUCGUUUCUUCCUCUCAAUAUCACUACUAUCGAUCCUCGCGGUUUCGCAACCAGAUCUCACCAAAGAACUCGUUUCCCUCCGAUCAUCCUCCGAAUCCGGCGUGAUCCGCCUCACCGACGACACCGUUUCGAAAUUCAUAACCUCCGUAUCCACACCACGACCUUACUCCCUCAUCAUCUUCUUCAACUCCAUUGAUCUCAACAGCAACCCCCUCCAAGAGUUCCGCAGAGAAUUCGCAUUCGUCUCCGCCUCUUUCAUCGCCAACAACAACAACAGAUCUGACGUAGCCAACAAGGUGUUCUUCUGCGAGAUCGAUGAAUCAUCGGACUCAGAGGCUUUCGGCCUUUUCGGCAUCCAGUUCCUCCCCCAAAUCUGCCUCGUCGAUCCUUUGAUGGAGAAUCUACAAGACAAAACAGGCAGAAUGGAGGAAGAAGAUGUGGAUGGAACCGCGGAGUCUGUGGUGGAGUUCAUCGAGAGCCGAACUAACCUCACCGUUGGUCCACUCCACCGCCCGCCGCUCCUUUCCAAGACGCAGAUCAGCGUAAUCGUAGCCCUAAUCGCGAUCUCGACUCCUUUCCUUAUCAAGAAGGUUCUCAAGGGAGAGACGGUCCUCCACAAUAGUAGAGUCUGGCUAUUCUGCACCGUUUUGGUGUACUUCUUCAGCGUCUCCGGGACUAUGCAUAACAUCAUCAAAGGAAUGCCUAUGUUCGUGAGAGAUCACGAGGAUUCGAACAAGCUCGUUUUCUUCUACAAAGGAGAGAAUUUUCAGCUCGGGGCGGAGGGGCUCUCUGUCGGGCUCUUGUACAAUGUGGUUGGGCUGCUCUUGGCGUAUGUCACUAAUGCGCUUGUGCGCGUCAGGAGUGUCAGUGGGCAGAGGGUGUUUAUGAUGUUGGCUAUGGUCGUGUCGUUGUUGGCUGUGAAGAAGGUUGUUUACUUGAAUAGUUGGAAGACUGGUUAUGAGAUUCAAACGUAUUGGCCAUCUAGUUGGCAUUGAUGGAUCUUUACCUUAAGAGACAAAUAAAGGAAGAAGUGAAGAAGAAGUUGCAAGGGCAUUUGUGAAUCACUAUUACCAUCUCUUUGACAAUGAUCGAUCUUCUCUUUCCACUCUCUACAAUCCCACCUCGUUGCUUACUUUCGAAGGCCAAAAGAUCUACGGCGUGGAAGAUAUCUUCAAUAAGCUCAAACAACUUCCGUUCGAUCAGUGUCGUCAUUUGAUCAGCACCGUUGAUUCGCA